CACCGACACAUAAAGCAGCUUUAAGAAAGCUUUUUUUUUUAAGAAAAAAGUCUGAAUUCAUCUAAAACCUGCACGAGAAUAAUGAAAACGAAAAGAAAUAUAUAGAAAAUGAAACUACAUAUUGAGUGAAAAAUUAAAUAACCCGGAAUAAAUAAUGAAUGUAACCGUCUUGAAACCAUAAAAGCAAGUUGAUAUCUUCCAGGAAAACCAAAAAAUCUUUUACUUAGCAUCAGAGUUGCAAAUGUCUCCAAAGAGAAAACAAUGAACGCGUUUCGCAAACAGUAAUAAAACCGUGGCGUCGUCUUUCAUAUUGUGCCAAAAGAAAAGAAAACGAAAAGAAAGUAAAAUCAACAACAGCAUCAAAGCUACAACACCACCUACAACUAUAACUACAACCACCACACAAAAAAGAACGGCAACAACAACAGCAACAGCACCUUCAACAACAACAGAAAAUAAUCAGGAAAAAGUUACAACACUAAUAACAACAACAAUAGGAAUACUCCAGUUAUCGGCUGCAGUCAACUUCACUCACAGGUCGUCGACGUCGUUGUUGUUGUUGUUGCUGUUGUCAUUCGUUUUGGGAAGUUUGUGCAGCAGCAGGCUCUGAAUGUCUUUAUGCUUUAAUCAUGGUGUAUUUUGCCACCAUCAAGAACAACACCGACACUAUACGCUGCUAUAUUAGAAUCUUUCUGAUUACAAAUCAUGACAGAAGGACAUGAAAGCGACUUCUUAGUUACAGUACGCGCACAGGUAAUGACCAGAGACGAAAGCACCGAGGGCUGGCUACCGCUGGCCGGGGGUGGUCUAGCAAAUGUUUCGAUACGGAAGCGUGCUAGACUAUCCCCAUUGGCAUCGGGUCAUGACUACAUCAUCUAUGGGCAAAGAAUCUCCGAUCAAAGUGUCAUCUUAAGCUGUGUCAUCAAUCGUGAUCUGAAGUAUUACAAAGUAAUGCCAACAUUUCAUCACUGGCGUGCAGGCAAACAACGCAACGGACUAACAUUUCAAACGGCAGCCGAUGCACGCGCCUUUGAUAAAGGCGUUCUGCGCGCCUAUAAUGAACUAAUUGAUGAUGAUGUAUUCAUGACCCUGGACUUACCUGUGGAAAGCGAAAGUUUACAAAAGAUACAUUCAAGCCCCGAAGGCAGUGAAAAAAGUCACAAAAGCGCAAGCGACCGUCACAAGGAUAGCUACAGCAACAAUUCCGAUUCAGAGAAACUACCAGCGGCGACCAUACACUACAUAUCGACGGACAAAACAUCAACGGCUCCGCCGGGCAAUGCGGGCAGCUCAUCGGAUGCACCACCGCCGCCGCCGCCAACAGCAGCCGGUCAAAUAGCGCCGAGCGAGAACUAUUCAUACGUAACGCUGACCGCUGUGCAUCAUGACUAUAACUAUCCGGUGGUGGAACAGCCGGUUGGCGCACAGGUGUUAAAUGCCCGCCGCGAAUCGAUCACUGCUCUAAAGAAGCGCAAUGCACUGGAGGCGGCACAGGCGAUGGCCGCCGCACAAACGUCGGCAUCGUCGUUGGCCGCCAGCAAGCCAUUGCACAAGCCAAAUGUUUCGGAUAUACUCAAAAAGGAGACACGAUUGCGUUGUCGCUAUUGCCAUGAGCUGUACAGCGAGGAUUUCAAUAGGCGCGGUGCCUGUGAGUAUGCGCCGGAUCCGAUACGUAGCGGUUACGAGUGCAUUUCGGGCAUGGGCUGUGCGCGCUGUAUGAUUUAUCAUUGCAUGAGCGAUGCGGAGGGCGAGACGGCGCAGCAUCCGUGCGAUUGUAGCAUUAGCGAGGCGGGCUGCACCAAACGCUGGUUGGGCCUGGCGCUGCUGUCCCUGUUCGUGCCAUGCCUAUGGUGUUAUCCGCCACUGCGUGCAUGCCAUUGGAUGGGCAUACACUGCGGUAUCUGCGGGGCCCGCCAUAAACCGCAUGUCUGACAUUUGGAGGCUAGAUUGCAAGGACAGUACGAUGACGACCCCAGCACCAGGCCCAGAAACGAGCACCAUCCGCAACCCGACGAGCAAAACUACAAACGCCAACUGCUGCGACUCAAGCAACGCCAGUCGCAGUCUCAGCCGCCACCCCAGAGGCACUUCUAUAAUUGGGAGCUGUCGCACAGCCUUGGUGCCCCACAACAGCAACCGCCAGAGCCGCUGUACCUAAUGCAGCCGCGCAGCAGCAAGGCAGCCCAGAACGAUUACGGUCGGCUGAUGUUCUAAACAUGUAUAUGAGAACCACGACAACCACAAAGACGACACCCAUCAAACAAACGUUGUAAUUGUGUGGUCGCCUGUUUUCAGCAGUUCAGAUUUUGUUGCGAGUUAGAGCUUGGGUUUAGUUUCCAUCGUUUUUGUUUUUUUUUUUUUUUUUUGUAACCAUUUGAUUUGCCAUAAUUUAUUGUAUAUACAUCAGUAGAACACAUAACACACUUCCAAGAGCAUAUAGCAUAUACCAUUAAUAAUUGUCAUUUAUUUUUUAAGAGCUGUCACUUAACUAUAAUUUUGUAAAAACUGGGCUAUUUGUUUAAUUGUUUUCACAUUAUUUUUCAUUUUUGUAAUUAUAUGAUAUAUAUUAAAAAUAUUAAUGUACAUGUAUAUGCUUAAUGAAUAUAUUUUUUCUUAGUUAAUUAAGUUUUUGCUACUUACAUUUUGUUUACAAUUUAAAAUUGGAGAACAGUAUUAAAGCCAAGGCAAGGCACAAGAGUUAUACUACUUACUUAUAUGCAAAUAUAUUUCUAUAUUUCUGUGCUUAA